CUUCCGGUCGCCCCAGGGCCGCGCGAGCUACCGCUGUGUGUUGGGCCGAACUGCGGAGGGGACUCACUGGGUUCCCAACCCGAUUCUGAGGGAUGUGCAGAUGGAGGCGGGAGGAGACCCCGCUGCCCCAGAGCCCGGGGAUGCAGAGGACUUGGAGGACACGCCGCCCUGCCCCAUCGUGGAGGCUGCAGCAGAAGGUGGAGGAGUUAACCACACGGACCCCCCGGAUCCAGGGGACGACGGGGGCCUGGAGAUAGCAGCACCUGAGACCAAGGACCAGCCAUCCCAUCUGUCUCCACGGCCCAAGUCACAAGCUCCUUUGCACCCCUGCAAACUCUGGGAUACUGAAACCUCUGAGAGCAGAGCCCUGGAUGGCCCAGAGAAUGGCUCAGGGAUCCUGGAUGGGGACUUCAGUGGAGGGGACCCCAGUGACGAGGACUGGCGCAACAAACGGAAGCAUGUGUUCGUGCUGAGUGAAGCAGGAAAGCCCAUCUACUCGCGGUAUGGGAGCGUGGAGGCACUGUCCACCACUAUGGGUGUGAUGACUGCGCUCGUGUCCUUUGUGCAGAGCGCUGGAGACACCAUCCGUGCCAUCUAUGCUGAGGACCACAAGCUGGUGUUCCUGCAACAGGGCCCACUGCUGCUGGUGGCUGUGUCUAGGACUCCACAAUCGGCAGCACAGCUGCGCCAGGAAUUGCUGGCUGUGCACGCGCAGAUUGUCAGCACCCUUACCCGUGCUAGCGUGGCUCGUAUCUUCGCACACAAGCAGAACUACGAUCUGCGCCGCCUGCUUACUGGCUCAGAGCGCACACUCGACCGGCUGCUGGACACUGUGGAGCGAGACCCAGGGGCCCUUCUGCUGGGCGCUGUGCACUGCGUGCCCCUGGCCCGUGCUUUACGGGAUGCCCUGGGCUCCCUACUACGCCGGUGCACGGCUCCUGGUCUGGCCCUGUCGUUGCUGGCAGUGGGUGGCCGCUUGGUGACCGCAGCCCAGGAGCGGAACAUGUUGGCUGAGUGCCGGCUGGACCCUGCUGACCUGCAACUGCUGCUGGACUGGGUGGGCGCACCUGCCUUUGCAGCAGGCGAGGCUUGGGCACCUGUGUGUCUGCCCCGCUUCAACCCCGAUGGCUUCUUCUAUGCCUAUGUGGCCCGCCUGGAUGCCAUGCCCGUCUGCCUUCUGUUGCUGGGCACCGAUCCUGAAGCCUUCCAUGACAUGGCCACCUGCCGGCGCCUGGUAGAAGACGGUAUGCGCACCCUCGACGCCAUGCGUGCCCUAGCAGAUGCCACCAACAGCAGCGCCCCAUCAGCCAGGGCCCCUGCCUACAGUGUGCAGGCUGUGGGGGCUCCAGGCCUCCGGCACUUCCUCUAUAAACCACUGGACAUCCCUGACCAUCACCGCCAACUGCCCCAGUUCACCAGCCCUGAGCUUGAGGCACCCUACAGCGGGGAGGAGGAGCGACAGCGGCUGUCUGACCUCUACCACCGCCUACAUGCUCGGCUUCACAGUGCUUCCCGGCCCCUGCGCCUCAUUUACCACGUAGCUGAGAAGGAGACACUAUUGGCCUGGGUGACCUCCAAGUUUGAGCUCUAUACCUGCCUCAGUCCACUAGUUACCAAGGGAAGUGCCAUCUUGGUAGUGACCAAACUCCUGCGCUGGGUGAAGAAAGAGGAGGAUCGGUUGUUCAUCCGUUACCCACCCAAGUACUCAACACCCUUGGCAGCCCCUGCUGCCCCAGUAGACCAGGCUUCCCAUAAUGGCAUAUUUACUGGACUCUAAGAGGUAGAGCUCCCAGUUUGGGCAGAGCUGGAAGCCACCUCAAAUAACUGGAAAUUGGUGGUACCAACUGGAAGUGGUUCUCUUGGCUGGAAGUGGAAGAGGGUUGGUAGUGGUGGUCGCCAUCUCCCUGGGCAGUGGGCUAAGGACUGCAUUGGUGAUGGUCAGAUCCACACAGAUGAAUAUGCUGCCUCCCCAGACCUUUCCUGUACCUCAGCCUCUGAGGAGAGAGAUGCUCACCUCCAUUUGGAUAAUGUUCCAACCUCAGACAGGCUCUGCCUCUUUAGUCUUGGGCACCUUACCUUCAGACUGGCAUCUGGAGUUGAUCUGCUUGACCUUGAUAGAAUUUCAGCACUAAGUGCUCAGGGCAAGCCAAAGUUGCACUACUUGACCCACCGGUAUUCUGACAUUGAGAAUGAAGACCCCCACCUGUGCUUAAAACCAGCU